AUGAAUUCGGCAGUGAAGUUUGCAUUCUUAUGUGUUUCGGUCGCUUUAUUUUGCAACAGUGUUCAAUCGCGUCCAUUUCGUCAGUUUGCAUCCAAAAGUGAAGAGGAAAAAAAUCCUCUAUGUGAGCUUGUCAUUGCAAUUAUGAAUGGAGUCGUCAGUGGCGCAAAUCUUGACUUAACGCCUGAACAAGAAGCUUUAUUACCAAACCACGGCAGUAAACGUGAAGAGGCUGCUGAGGAAUGCAAAAGCGAACAAGAAGAGUGGNUUUGA